AUGGAGGACCUGGACAAGAUAGAUCUCCUGCCAACGGUGAGCAAAAUCCCCAGCAUGAACGCAUCUACCUAUCGAAAGUAUGCUGAGGGCGUAGCAGCAAACUUUGAGAACUGUGAACUCGCCAAACUGAUGUCCAUUGAGAAAGUGGUAGAGUGUACCACAACCUCGCUGCUGCCGCUUUCUGGGCUGUCCAGCAAUGCAUCCUUCGAGAAUGCUUCUCCAAAGUGUUACGACGAUUACAACUGCGACCCUCCUGACUAUGCUUACCUCUUCUACGUCAUUUUUGGCCUCUUUUUCACUGUGGUCUGCUCGGCCAGCUUUCUAUCUAACUUGGCCUGCGUGGUGGCCUUUAACAAGGCCUCUAAUCGUACCGGAGCCACACUCUACUUCUCUGCGAUCGCACUCGCCGACUGUCUACACCUGAGCAUACUCCUAUUGCUGCAUGUGCCACGUUUCCUACAUGAGACGUAUGCGGAACAAAUUGAUGUCUACGCAAGGUUCACAGUUCGGUCUGUACCAAAGGCUCUACCCUUUCUAACCUUCAGUGAACUUGCCUCGGUUUGGCUUACGCUCUGCGUUCUUGCGGAUCGCUAUACUUACCUGCGGCUGGGUUUCUUCUCCCGCUCGGUUACCUCCAGUACACUGCACCUGCGUGUGACUUCUGUUGUGCUGGUGUUGACCUUCUGUUACACCAUUCCAAAAUUCUUCGAAUUUGAGUUGCAACCGGUGCAUGACGAUCCUGGCCUUUACCGCGCUAUGCUCACGCCAGUGGGCAAGUCAGGUCCUUUCAGGAAUAUCAUGGAUCACCUCUUACGAGUACCUAUCGAAAUGUUCAUUCCCUAUCUCGUCGUGAGUGUCAUCACCUGUUUGAAUGUUUCUAAGAUGGUUGACUUCGGUUCCUCCAAGUGGAAGGCUGUCGCCAGCCUCUGCUCACCCCACAAAUACGGCUCUUUGGGUUGCUGCUGGUGCGGAGACGACUUCGCGAACUGUAAUAUCUUUCGACGAAGCCCCACUUCUGCGGAGCGCGCGACCCCUUCCCCCACUAAUACUACCACUACCGCCUUUCCAAAAGCAAGCCCUGAAAAGCUGAAGGACGAGAAGGAGACGGUAGUUGACCAAGUAUACUACUGCGGCAUCCCCUUUGAAAAGCGCUCCUCUCUGAUGCCCUUCUACUUUCUUCUUCCUCCGCCCAAGAUGGAGAUCCAGGAGAGUGCCAAUGUGGUAAUUGCCGUAUGCCUCGGUUUCCUCCUUGUGCUCACUAAAUUUCCGAAACUCAUUCUACACGUGCUUACAACAGAGCACUACAUCGACUACGAUGACACUUAUCUGGCGUUAGCCUAUGCCUUCCUUAACCUCGCCUUCAUUGCCUUCAAGCCCAUGAUUUACCUUGUGCUGGGGGUUCACUUCCGUCAUGCCCUGACAGGGUUCUGCUGCUGUGCUUGUCUCUACACACCACGAAUGCGUAGUGUUCACAGCUCGCUGGAACAUGGCUUCCGAGAAUCCAGCAUACAGUACACAGCCGCGCGUGCCAGUGCAAUUGAAAACGGAGGUGAUGAGACAAGUGUUGUUACUGCAACGGAGACGGCGAUAGGAUCCACCAUUGAGGACGAAGUCGGGGAACUGCCAACAAUAACAAGGGUUCGGUGGGAUGCAGAGAACGGUGUUAAGUUGGCGGACUUGUCAAAGGGGCCGGCAAUGCAGCAAACAACACAAUCUGGGAGCGAAACUGCAGAGGAGACAGCCACGUUGACGCGCAAGGCCAGUUUUGAAACGGGGGGAUCUGCCGUCUGUGGGAGCACGGACGACGACGACGCCAACCAGAGAGGCCCUGUUUUACAAUCAGAGCCCAGUGGGGUGAAUAGGCGUAACUCGAGCUCCGGCCAGUUCAGGUCGGUAAUAAGAACUGCGUCAAAAUCCAAAGCCGGAUCUGUGGUUCCGCCGCCUACGACGAAGUUGAGGGCGAUAGGUGACAGCAUGAAGCAUAGCAAUCCUACCGAGCAGGUGUAA